AGAUGUGGGCACAAGAGGGAAAUGUAAUUGGUUGUGGUGACACGUCGAUGGGUCGAAUUUGUGGUUCAAAUCAUAUUUAGCAAUAAUAUUUUGUUAAAUUAAUAUGGGAGGACAAAAGUUUCAAUACGAUGAGAGUGGAGGAACAUUCUUUUAUUUUCUCCUCUCAUUUCUUGCUCUGCUUUUAAUUCCAGGGACGUAUUAUUGGUGGCCACGUAAAAUAAAACAAGUAACAGUGUUAAAUGAAUGUCAUUGUGGAGACUGCAAAAAGAAGAAGCUCCUACUUCAGUCCAAUGAACCAUGGAAAGGAACCAAGCAACUGUUUAUUAAACUGCUCAUCAUUUCUGGAUGGAUGAUCUUGAUUCUUCUCGCUUAUAAAGUUUCCCAGUUUGAUUAUGAAUAUGCUAAUUUUGACCCAUAUGAAAUUCUUGGGGUACCUUUGGGCUCAUCACAAGCUGACAUUAAAAAGUCAUACAGGAAGCUUUCACUCAUUCUCCAUCCUGAUAAAGAAACUGGAAAUGAAAAGGCUUUUAUGAAACUUACAAAAGCAUACCAAGCCUUAACAGAUGAUGAAGCUCGUCGUAACUGGGAAAAAUAUGGAAACCCGGAUGGACCUGGUGCAAUGAGCUUUGGAAUAGCCUUACCAUCAUGGAUUGUGGAGAAGGAGAAUUCUGUGUGGGUUUUGGGUCUCUAUGCCCUGGUGUUUAUGGUUGCAUUACCUACGGUUGUUGGAAUGUGGUGGUACAAGUCUAUUCGCUAUUCUGGAGAUCAGGUGCUGCUGGAUACCACACAAAUGUACUAUUAUUUCUUCCAUAAAACUCCAUCCAUGGCUCUGAAAAGAGUGAUCAUGAUUCUUGCUGCUUCUCUUGAGUUUGAGAAAAAACACAAUGGAGAAAUUGUAGAGAGGUCAACAGACAAUGAGGAGGUUCCACAUCUAAUUAAGCAGAUUCCCAACUUAAGUGAGAAGAAUCGAGAGCGCCCACUCUGUUUCACGUACUCCAUCAAGGCGCGUGCCUUAUUACACGCUCAUCUCAAUCGUAUCCCUUUAAAUCCUGAGACACUGGACAAGGACCGGCAGUACAUAGUGAAGAAAUGCCCGUAUUUGAUCCAAGAGAUGGUGAACUGUGUUUCACAGCUCAUUUUACUGGCAUAUGCUCGAAGAAUUCUUCGUUUACCCAACAUUGAGACAAUAGAAAAUUGCAUGAAAUUGUGUCCGAUGAUAGUUCAGGGAAUGUGGGAGUAUAAGAGUCCUCUUUUGCAGUUACCUCACAUCACAGAAGAAAAUCUAAAAUAUUUCUCAUCCAAGAAGCGACACAUAAAGAGCAUUCAGCAGUUCGUACAAUUAACACAUGCAGAACGGCGGCAUAUAUUGCGAAACUUGUCUGAUGAACAAUAUGAAGAUGUAAUGAACGUUGUUAGCAAGAUGCCACACAUUGACUUCCAGGUCCGUUCAGAAGUUAUUGAUGAUGAAAAUCCGACAGUCUACACUGCUGGUGCCAUUGUCACAGUAACAGUUACUUUAGUAAGAUACACCUUGAGUGUUGUGCUUGGAGAGGACACUUUAUCUGAUGCAAUUAAACCACAGGACACAUCUAAUUUCAGUAAAGGCGAUGAAGAAGAAGAGGAUGACAAAAAGGAGGAGCUGGUAAAUGCAAAGAAACCAGUCUGGCAGAAACAACAGAAAAAGGGUAAGAAGGGAGGAAAGAAGAAUACAAAAAACCAAAAACCAGUUGGCAGGACAGUAGCAGCUAAGAAGAGUGAGGAUAAGUCAUCAAAUGUGGCAGAGACUGCACCCAGUAAGCAAGAAGUGAGCAAAAAGGCAGCUCCAGAUACAGGGGAUGAAAGUGAAGGGUCAGAAGAUGAUGCUGAUCAUUCAGACGAUGAUGAAAAUCAGCACAGUCAAGGAGAGAGGACAUCAGCUGAUGAUGAUGAUACAGAAUGGGAGAAACUUCAGAGACGACUAUCAAAACGUGAGAAGGCAUUAGAGGGCAAAAGGAAACAGUCUCAUAGUGUGCACUGCCCAUCCUUUCCUGAGGACAAACAGGAAUACUGGUGGGUCUACAUAAGUGACCGGAAGAGUCGGACACUUUUAACAUCUCCAUACCAUGUAACUGCAUUGGUACAUGAAGAAGAGGUGCAACUCAGGUUCACCGCUCCUCGCUGGCCUGGUGUCUACACGUUCACCGUCUGCCUCCGCUCUGAUUCGUACCUGGGUUUUGACCAAACACAUGACAUUAAGCUGGAUGUGAAGGAGGCUCCUGAAGUGCCUACAGCACACCCUCAGUGGGAUAUGUUGGAUGAUGAAGAAGAGGAACCGGAAGCAGAUGGCAGUGAUGUCUCAGAAUUCACCACAGAUGAAGAUGUUGAGGAUGAACAGGACUGAAAAUAGUUCUCUUUAGAAUGACCUAAAAAUGGAAGACAGAUUUAGCUUCCUAAUGGACAGCUUCAAAGCAUUAUGGUUCUCACGUGCAAUAUUUACAGUUUUUGGUUAAUGAUUUUGAUUCAUUGCACUGUUUAAACACUUUUUUGACGUUACGUUUUGAUGGAUUUGGGAUUGUCACUGUGUAGUCCUGUGAAAGUGAACUGAUGUUUCAGAGGAACAUAUUGCCUUCAUAUUUAGGGUCACAUGUUAAGCCAAGCAAGAAACCAGCGUGACAGGCAAAAUGUUUAUCUGAAAUGUUGAUUGACUUCCAACAGACUACAUGGUGUUAUAUCUCAGGAGAUAGAACACCUUAUGUUAUAUUAGGUGUCAUGCCCUGCCAUGUGAUGAGUUGCAGUAGGUAAUUAAACAAGUUUUAGUAUUCUAGUGGGCCAGGUACUGUAGUGUAAAGGAUGAAAUGCUACUCUAUUUUGUUAUACCAUUUAUGCCACUGCAUAUUUCAAACAUUUUUAUAAUUUGAAAGGGGUGGAGAAAAGUAUUUUGCAGCUUACUGUACAUUUGUCUCAAAUUGCAUACACUGCCUUAUUUAAUUGAAACUGUACACCCUGAAUAUGGAGGUGCUAUGUUCUUCCGAAACGUUGGUUGACUUUCAGUGGACUACACUGCGUUAUAUCCCAGAAAACAGUACUCUUCAGUGUACUGACUGACUCUUCAAACAAUAGGUCUGUUAGUAUACCUCUUGUAUGUUCAGAAUUUCUGGAGCUGCAAAAAGGGAAAGUUCUGGACGGGUAUAUACUGUGUCAGAAAGCAUAUGGACAUGAAUUCAUUUUUCUUAUUGAAUUUCUCCUACAGUUCCUUCAUGUGCAAGUGUGAUUUGGGUGAAAAAUUUUUGAUGUAUAUCUCUGUUGAUUUAAAUGUAUCUCUUGCUUUCUGAGUACACAUUUCUUAGUAAGUGGCUGCCUAGAGGGACUUUGGUGGUUGUAUUAUUGGUGUCUUUAUUUGUUCUAGCCAGGUGCCUGUCUUUUGUGUACCAUACACAAGCAGCAAUUCUAGCAAGGGUAAUGACUCGAUAUAUGUGGCCUGGCUGAGGGUAGCUGGUCAGAUCCUAAUGGACUUUGGCCUCACUGUGUUGAUCAAAUCUGAUAACCAGUUUCUGCCUUAGAGUCCUGAUGUUACAGGGCAGCUUGGUGUAUGCAAAACUCCAUGUACUUAAGGUGGUUCUAAUCUGUAUGUGUAAGGGAAGGUAUCUUACUCAAAAUGAGGCAUUAAUGUUGUUAACAUAAUUAUUGCAAUUAAAUUAUUUUAAAUUGAA